AUGGAUGGUCUGAACCAGUAUCUGUGGGUUAGAGACCUCAUGAAUGGUCUUAACCAGUAUCUGUGGGUUAGAGACCUCAUGAAUGUGAACGGUAUCUGUGUUAGAGACCUCCAUGAAUGGUCUGAACCAGUAUCUGUGGGUUAGGACCUCCAUGAAUGGUCUGAACCAGUAUCUGUGGGUUAGAGACACCAUGAAUGGUCUGAACCAGUAUCUGUGGGUUAGAGACCUCAUGAUUGGUCUGAACCAGUAUCUGUGUGUUAGAGACAUCAUGGUCUGAACCAGUAUCUGUGGGUUAGAGACCUCAUGGUCUGAACCAGUAUAUGUGGGUUAGAGACCCCAUGAAUGGUCUGAACCAGUAUCUGUGGGUUAGAGACCUCAUGAAUGGUCUGAACCAGUAUCUCUGUGUUAGAGACAUCAUGGUCUGAACCAGUAUCUGUGGGUUAGAGACCUCAUGAAUGGUCUGAACCAGUAUCUGUGGGUUAGAGACCUCAUGGUCUGAACCAGUAUCUGUGGGUUAGAGACCCCAUGAAUGGUCUGAACCAGUAUCUGUGGGUUAGAGACCUCAUGAAUGGUCUGAACCAGUAUCUGUGGGUUAGAGACAUCAUGAAUGGUCUGAACCAGUAUCUGUGGGUUAGAGACCUCAUGAAUGGUCUGAACCAGUAUCUCUGUGUUAGAGACAUCAUGGUCUGAACCAGUAUCUGUGGGUUAGAGACCCCAUGAAUGGUCUGAACCAGUAUCUGUGGGUUAGAGACCUCAUAAAUGGUCUGAACCAGUAUCUGUGGGUUAGAGACCUCAUGAAUGGUCUGAACCAGUAUCUGUGGGUUAGAGACAUCAUGAAUGGUCUGAACCAGUAUCUGUGGGUUAGAGACAUCAUGAAUGGUCUGAACCAGUAUCUGUGUGUUAGAGACAUCAUGGUCUGA